AAAAUGCCCAGUUUAUAUAGUAGUAUAGUACCACUCAGCUUCUUUACUCUUUAGUGAACUGUGGAAAUUCGUUGGCACAUUUCACAUCAUCACGUUGCGCAGUACACUGAUGGUAGAUAUUUAUCUACAUACUCGUAUCCUAAAUAUUAAAAUAGAUUCAAAGAAAUGGUAAUGAUAUUAGUAUAAUAUAAUAACACAGUUAAUAGUUUAAUACUUAUUGUAUUAAUGACUAUGAAGUUCGUGUCAUAUCGACAUUGCCAAUGCUUCUUUUUACUGUGCAUUAUCACGUCACAAACAUAUGCCGCAAUCUCUUCGGAAAAAUGUUGGUGGACUGGGUGCCAGUUGAGCACGUGGGCCGUGACUGGAUGCAAACAGUAUAAUCGAAUAGAGCGAAACGUCAGAAAUUGCACCGGUGGUUCAGAGUAUUACUGCUGUCUGCCGGAUUCUGAAGUGACACCCGCCGAAGACUGUUGGUGGACAGGAUGUCAGUCGAAUAGCUGGGCGGUCAAAGGUUGCGACAGCUACAACAGAACAGAAAAAAAACGGAUGGCGUGCGAGGCAAAUGGCUUUAAAUACCAAUGCUGUACUCGUCGUAACACCGCCAAUAGAAAUCCUCAUGACACGUUUAAUUGUUCAAAUGGACUAAGCAUCGAACGGUCUGCUAUUUGUGAUGGUCGUGCGGAUUGUUCAGAUGGUUCAGAUGAGACCAACAAUUUGUGUGCUAAACAAACAUGCCAAAAUUAUACAUAUCGAUGUAAAUAUGGAGCUUGUGUGGAUAAAAGUGCAAAAUGUAAUGGUAAAAAUGAUUGUGUCGAUGGAUCUGACGAAAACCUACCAGAAUGUAAUAUAAGCAGUGGAUCACCCAAAUGCCUCGAACAUCAGUAUAAAUGUAAAUCUGGCCAAUGCAUUGAUAGAGCAUCAACUUGUGAUGGAACUCAAGAUUGUAAAGAUGGGUCUGAUGAAACUUUGGAAUUAUGUAAAAAUGUUCAGUGUCAAAAGUAUACAUUCCGAUGUAAAUAUGGGGCUUGUGUCAGUAAAGAGAGUAAAUGUGAUGGUGUUAGACAGUGCGCUGAUGGAUCUGAUGAAGAAAACUGUGAUGAGCUUAAUCCAAUCUCAAAACCGGUGUAUAGUACAAUUCAAUCAACAUCGCAGUCAAAUACAGGGAAUUUGUGCGUCUUACCAACCGUUGAAGGAGUUAUAUAUUCUUACGACAAUUCAAAUGAAAUUUUACCUCAUGGGACAUUGGUUAAUAAAUAUCGUACUGUAACUGAGAACUGUGAAGUCGGAUAUCAUAAGGCUUAUCCUAACGGUUUUAGAUUUUGUCAGGAAAAUGGAAAAUGGAUAACGAAUUCUGAGAAAUUGUGUUUAAAAAUGUGUCCGCCUCUAUUAUCAGAUAGUUUAGAUAUUAAAUGUACUCUUAAUGGUAAGUAUGCUAAUUGUUCAAAUCUAUCGAUACCUGAUACAAUAGCUAUACCAUCAUGUAAGUCAACACAUACUGUACCAAAUGGACAAGAAGAGACUCCAAUUGAAUUACGUUGUCAGUCUAAUGGAAUGUGGAAUAAUCAACUAUAUAGAUGCAUUCCAUAUUGCGGUAGAGCAUAUGCUAAUCCCCAACCAUUGAUUGAAAAUGGUAAAACAGCUUACUUUGGAUCAGCACCUUGGAAUGUCGGGAUAUAUCAAUUAAAUAAAAAGAAUUCCAAUUAUGACUUGAUAUGCGGAGGAUCAAUAAUUGCUCCAAAUUUAGUUGUUUCUGCGGCUCAUUGUUUUUGGCAAAAAGGUAUACUAUCAAAUAGAAUAUCGGUAAGUGAUGGUCUAUACAAAAUUGCUGUUGGAAAAUUUAAUAGAGAUUUUAACGUAAUUGACAAUCAAUUCACUCAAAUUUUGAAUGUGGAAACAAUUUAUCUGAAAGAAGGUUAUUAUGGACCUAAUGCGUUCUAUGCUGAAGAUAUAGCUGUUAUCGUGUUACAAAAUAGAAUUUCUAUUAGCAGUGGUGUAGCACCAGUUUGUGUUGAUUGGAAUAGUAGAUAUAAUGUAAAAAAUGGAACUCAAGGAAAGAUUGUUGGUUGGGGGAAAACGGAAAAAGGUAUAUCAAGCCCUUUUUUAUUAGAAGCAUGUUUACCAUACAUCGAUCAUGAUUCUUGUCGAAGCAUGUAUAGAAAUGGAUUUGAAAAUUUUGUAACUUUUGAUAAGUUUUGCGCCGGCAGUAGUGUAUUAGGACAAGGAGUAAGUCAGGGAGAUAGUGGUGCAGGCUUAACGUUUUUACAUUCUGAUUAUUAUUAUUUAACUGGAGUAGUAAGUGUCAAGGAUCCAAACACAGUUAAUUCAAUCGCAGUUUUUACAGGUGUUAAGCGACACAUUCAAUGGAUUCGUGAACUUUAUAACAAAUAUACUUCUUAUGCAAGUGAUAGUAUAUUUAAGUCUAAUAAGAUGGUACUUAAUUAAAAAUUUUUUAUUUCAUGUGUAAUUGAAGUCAAUAUUUAUAUGAAUAAAUUUUUACUUUUGUGUAACAAUUUUCAACAGUUCAUAGAAUUGCUUGUUUAAAUUUAACUUAAUACUACAUUCUAAUAGGUAAUAUCUUAAUAUAACAUUUUUAAUUUACACUUAUCAAGUUUGAAUAAUAUU